AUGCGCAAGUGCUUAUUAGCCGUCAUAGAGCGCGCGACACAGUCGCAAGUGCUUAGGAAAGUAUCUGCAACCUACGAGCUGCUCCCACCAUCAGAUUAUGGCAUCCGUUAUAUUUUGUGGACAGCAAACGAUGCUUUCAGCAAACCCAAGUUGGCGGAUGGCAAAGACGAAGCCUUUCGAGAUCCCUUUGCCAAAGAGAGCCUUGAGCACGAGUUGUUUGUGUCGCAGCUGUGCGGCACACAUAAUCUUUUGCUUAACAAGUAUAGCGUUGUCGACAAGCACACAGUGUUGUCCACCAUCGAGUUUGCUCCACAAGAACAAUCUCUAGAUGUUGCUGAUUUUCGCGCCAUGUGGACUGCCAUGCAAGGCCUUGAUGCCUUUGCCUUCUUUAAUUGUGGCUAUGACAGCGGUGCUAGCCAACCACACAAGCACAUGCAGCUAAUGACGUACCCGUCACUGAGAGCAAUCACGGGGCUCGACAUGCCGCCGCUGCUGCACUUCAUCCAUCAAAAGCUACACGAGCAUCCGACCACUAAUAUUGUUCAGCUGCCGGAGCUUCCAUUUUGUCACUUUCUGCACCGCAUCGAUCUCGUUCCUGAUGUUAAUAGCGAGAAGGCUGCCGAACACAUUGGUGCGAUCUAUGACAAGAUCGUUGAGUAUCUAGAGCGCUUGAGCCCAGAGCUUACGUCUUCGAAGCCAUCAUCAUUGUUUGUGGCCUACAAUUUGCUGCUGACUACUUCAUUUCUAUUCCUGAUUCCGAGGAAGGCUCAGAGUUACCAUGGCAUCGAAGUGAAUUCAAUCGGUUUUACUGGAUCUUUUUUCGUGCGAAGUAAUGAGCAGCGCAUCCUGUUGGAGACGCAUGGCGGACCAAUGGAGCUUUUGCGCCACGUGACAUUUCCGUUCCUGAGAACAAUUUAG